UUUCCAGGGAAGAAGCAAAGGUAAAGGCCUUAACUUUAACUCGUGGGUGACUCACGGGACUCGGGGAAAGGACUCACAGGACUCACGAGAGACUUGGGAGGAAAAGGGAGAAGAGAAUUAAUGGAGACUAGCGCAGCGAAGAAGAAAAGCGAGCAGGUGCUAGACGGUUCGGACAUAAUGAAGUUGGUUGAGAACGAGGAGGUGUUUAGCAACUUCGUGGAUCAUAAGUUCCAGGAGCUUGAUAAGGACAGUGACGGUCAGUUGUCUGUGAAGGAACUGCAACCUGCUGUUGCUGAUAUUGGGACUGCACUUGGGUUGCCGGCGCAGGGAACUUCGGCUGAUUCUGAUCAUAUCUACUCUGAGGUUUGUACUUUGUACCCAGUUCAUUAAUUCUGUCUCUGCUUUGUUCUUCCCUUUGUUUUGAUAUUUCUGGUUCUUUUCUGGGGUGUUGAGAUGGAAAGGAAGAGGGUCUUAGCCUUCUAUGCAAGUCAGUUCAUCUUCAUCUAAUGUUUGAUGAAUUGCUUCUUUAUUGUCAAUGGUACAAAUAUAGCAUAAUUCCCAGAACAGGAGCAAGAUCUUUAGUGGGUUUCUUGUUCUGUGAGUAAUGAAGUACAAACUGGACAGGAAAUUGAAAAUUUUUAGGGGGAGUGUGGAAGGAAUGAAUGAUCAUAUUCUUCUGUUGAUGUAAGCUACAAAGAAACAUGUAGAAGAUAAGGUUUUAACUUUUACGUAGCCAAAUUUGUUUGACCCUUUAGCUUUCGGUUUAGUUUUGUAGGAAUUCUAAUGUCCUACGCCGUCAUCAUCAUCUUGGAAAACCAGAAGGGAAUCAUUUCUUUAAUGUAUUCUUUAAUUUCUGAACCCUCCAUCCUCUUGUUCUUCACUUUGAUGUCAUAAAUUAUGUGCAAAAGCAACGUGAUGAGCAGAAGAUAGUUAUAUAUUAUUAAAUUAUAUUUUGUGGUUUGUUAAGGCUGUUUAGGGUAACAAGUCGAAAUUUUCCAUUUAGAGCAAGCUCUAGAGACAUUUAACCAAUGAUUCAACUUGGUCGGUGUUGUUGUGGAACUUUGGUACUUAUUGCGGCCCUUUUUUCCACUUAGAUACUUUUUACCUUUUCCCUUUAAUUUAGUCUUGUCUUGAUGUUUAAGGGAGGAAUCUAGUGACGAAUGCUGUGGAAACUGCUUCUUAUGUCUUUUUGGAACUUUGCUUUUCAGUUAAAACAUGGAUGCUUAAUGGGAUAAAAGUCAGUUUCUUUC